AUGGCCAACCAAGGGAUAUCAAAGUCGGCACAGAAGCUCGUACCACGCGAUCCGACGUCGUCAAUGUCCAUUCGAGAUGUUGUGCCUAACCAGAUAGCAACCCUCAGCACUCCCUUUCAUCGAUUCGGUCUCAUCAAAUUCGGUAGCAGGGCCACAAUAGUCAAGCUGAAGACCGGUAACCUGGCCGUCUUCUCCCCAGUGGCUCUCACCACAGAAGCGAAAGCCAAAGUCGAGCAAAUGUGCCAAUUGAGGCCAUCCGGUUCCGUCCGUUACAUCGUUUCACCAGACUUCGAGCACCAUAUCUUCCUUGGACCUUGGGCUAAAGAAUACCCGGACGCGAACAUUAUCGGGCCUGAAGGCUUGCCAGAGAAACGUGAGAAGGAUUCAGACACGAAAGGACUCAAGUUUAGUCAUGUCUUCACACAAGCGAAUAAGGCAACGAUGACCAUAACACCCGAGUUCGACGAUGAUUUCAACUACGAAUACAUGCACAGCCAUCAGAACAAGGAACUCGUCCUCUUUCACAAGCCUUCUCGGACGCUUAUCGAAGCCGAUGUCAUCUUCAAUCUGCCUGCCACAGAACAAUUCAGCAGGUCAGGCGAAGAUGCUAAUUCAGGUAUCCUGACGAAGCUCGUCAACGGUAUGCUCAAUACGAGGGGUGACAUGAAGUGGCAGAAGCGCGCCAUUUAUUACGGACCAGGAUCGUCGGACCGUAGAGCCUUUAGAGAUUCGGUGAGGAAGAUUCAGUCGUGGGGCGAGUUCGACAGACUUAUACCCUGCCAUGGCGAUGUGAUAGAAAAAGGCGGCUCGAGAAUCCUGGCAGAGGCAACGGCGUGGUUCCAGGAUGUCAAAUAG